AUGUUAAAUGAUUCAUUUAAACGUUUGAAGAUAUCAAUACCGAUUGGCCAUUUACGAGACGUUUACAAAGGACAUUAUGAAUAUUUUCAACUAGCUCAACAUCCAGGUAUAAUACAUAUUCCAUAUCAAGUAUCUGUUAUGAGUUUAUUUGAACAAUAUCGAAUGAAUAUUCCAUUAUUUUUUCCAUCACUUGAUCUUCUUACUGAAUGGCAUUAUACAUAUCGUGUUGUUAACGAACGAACUUGGGAUGGCAUAUCUGGAAAUAUAAAAAAUGCUUCAAGAAUAUCAGGUGUUUUAGGUCCUGAUAUACCUGAUCCUAAUAAUGAAUUUGAUCGAGAUGCAAUACGUUAUUGGUUAAAAUUUUCUGAUUUCUAUCAAUGGCCACAUAUUAUUUACUUUAAUUCAACUGAUGAACUUGUUAUUAAAUUAAAAACAACCAAUUUGGCUCAAGUUAGUUCAAACAUGAAAAUAUAUAAUGCUAAUUUUAAAAAAAAUUUAUUCGAACAAUGGCGUCAAAUACUUCAGAGGGCAAAUCUACUAUAA